UGCAGUUGAGUUUCAAGCUUUUAACGGAUGCAUGAUUCGUGGCAGUAAACAAAAUGGACUUGACAAUCUCAACUUUUUUGUCAGCAAUAUUCGUUCUUGUGUUAUUUUUAUCUAUAUUGCUGAUUAUUGUCAUAUAUGUGACAUCAAAGGCAUAUCCCGACCUGGGUCGCUAUGAUAGUGAGAAGUACUUUGAAGCUCCCGACAAGAAAGAUAAGUGCCCAUUCCCGAGUCUACAUGAUCCUCCAAGCGUUGAUCUCUCCGUCAUUGUGCCUGCUUACUUUGAGCAGGAAAGAUUGCCAGCCAUGAUGGAUGAAGCUUUAGAGUUUUUGGAUGACAAACAGAAAAAAAAUCCCUCGUACAGUUAUGAAGUGAUUGUUGUGAAUGAUGGCAGUACUGAUAAGACAUCUGAGGUGGCUUUGGAGUACACAAAGAAGUAUGGCAGUGAUAAAGUACGAGUUCUUACGUUGGAGAAGAACAGGGGCAAAGGAGGAGCCAUAAGACUGGGUAUGUUUGUAGCCCGAGGCCAAUAUAUCCUUUUUGCCGAUGCUGAUGGAGCCAGCAAGUUUAGCGACCUGAUCAAGCUGGAAAAAUUAAUGUCAGAAAUGCGCAACAGCGAAAACAUGGCCGUGGUUUGUGGUUCCAGGGCUCAUCUGGAGCAAGAUUCAGUGGCUGAGCGCUCCAUGUUCCGCACGUUCCUCAUGUACGGGUUCCACUUCCUUGUGUAUUUCCUGUGCGUGCGGGGAAUCAAGGACACACAGUGCGGGUUUAAGCUUCUCACCCGGGAUGCGGCCCUUCUGCUAUUCUCAAAUCUACAUGUGGAGAGAUGGGCGUUCGAUGUAGAUCUCCUUUAUUUAGCACAAAGAUUUAAAAUUCCAAUUGGGGAGGUGGCAAUCAACUGGCAAGAAAUAGAAGGUUCUAAGAUGAUUCCUGUUUGGAGCUGGCUUCAGAUGGGCCGGGACUUGUUAUUGAUACGACUGCGAUACGUUCUGGGUGCCUGGAGAAUCAACACAGACAUCAAGAAACUAAAAUAGAAACUUUGUUGUUAUUAGGUUGUAGGCUUUGUUAUUCCAAUUGACGUUUAAGUGUUCAUCAUGAUGAUGGUCACUGUAAAAAGGUAGAUGACUGUUCUAAAUUUAUGUAAAUGAAGUUGCAAGACAGCUAAGAUAGACAUGAAGUAACAGGGAUGCCAAUUUUCUUUUCUUAUUUUUUAAAUGAUUUUUAAUUACAAUUACCAGUAGAUCAAUAUAUAUAUAAAAAGUACAUAGUAUUUAUCUGUUUCGAUCUUCUUUCACAAAUAAAGUAUGUCUUGUAAAUACUGAUGGAAAUCUGAUUUAAAAUAAUGUUUACAAUAUGUUUACAAUGUUAUAUUCUUCUACUGGUUUCCUCUUUUUUUACAAUUUUGUGUAGGCAUCCCUCGUUAAAAGAUGGCAUGAAUAAGCUAUGAACUUUUGUAAAGAAGGAAUGGUUGGUUUGACAUAAGUGAGGAUUUCACUAUCGAUAUGUGGGAAUUGCCAUAAAGAAAAAUGUAGAUUAGUUUUGUGUUUUGCUAUCAUAUAAUGUAUCUGUGAUUUGUAAAAGUUAUACAAGUUGUUAAAUUAAUCCAUGUAUACAGACACGGACCUAUAAACCAUGGAUUGGAAACUGCCUGCUAUGUCUUUAUAGAGCUUUUGAAUUAACAUUAUCCAAGAUCAUAUCCAGGGUUUAUAGGUCUGUGAUACAGAACAUUAAGUAUUAUAAUGUAUUCAAUACAUAUUAUUGUUACUUAUCAAUCUUCAAAAGAAAAGAUAAGCAAUACUUUGGCAAGUGUUCUUAAAUAUUCUGUGACACCUACCAAAUUUCUGUGAGGAAAAGAGUGCAGCAAAAUAAGUGUCAUCCCUUUCUGCUCAGCAAUGUUGCAAGUAUAGCAUAUCAAUCCAUUUACGCUAGUUUUCAGUCAACUUUUCUGAAGUUAUAGAACUUGAAAUAUAUUUCAGCAAAAUUUAAUAAAAAAUAUAAGAAUAACUCAUUUUAUGCUUGAUUUUAUUAUUAAAUGGCACAUCUUGAA